GGUGGCCGUCGCUCACUUCCGGGAGAGCCGGGCGCCCUGGCCACCGCCCGCUUGCUGCUGCCAGCCCUCCAGGGCCGCGGAGUCUGUGAGCGCGCAGGCCAGGCCGCAGUCCAGCGUCUGCGCAGCUCGGGCCACCACCCGCUACCAUGGGGGCGUCGGGGCGGCUGCUGCGCGCGGUGAUCAUGGGGGCCCCGGGCUCCGGCAAGGGCACUGUGUCGUCACGCAUCACCAAAUACUUCGAGCUGAAGCACCUCUCCAGCGGGGACCUGCUCCGCCAGAACAUGCUGCAGGGCACAGAAAUUGGUGUGUUGGCCAAGACUUUCAUUGACCAAGGAAAGCUCAUCCCAGAUGAUGUCAUGACUCGCCUGGCCCUUCAUGAGCUGAAAAACCUUACCCAGUAUAGCUGGCUGUUGGAUGGAUUUCCAAGGACACUUCCACAGGCAGAAGCCCUGGAUAAAAUUUAUCAGAUAGACACUGUGAUAAAUCUCAACGUGCCCUUUGAGGUCAUUAAACAACGCCUUACUGCUCGCUGGAUACAUCCUGCCAGUGGUCGAGUGUACAACAUUGAAUUCAACCCCCCCAAGACUGUGGGCAUUGAUGACCUGACGGGAGAACCUCUGAUUCAGCGAGAGGACGACAAACCAGAGACAGUGAUCAAGAGACUAAAGGCAUAUGAAGCCCAGACAGAGCCAGUCCUGCAGUAUUACCAGAAAAAAGGGGUGUUGGAAACAUUUUCCGGAACAGAAACCAACAAGAUCUGGCCCCACGUAUACUCCUUCCUACAGAUGAAAGUUCCAGAAACUAUCCAAAAAGCCUCUGUUACUCCCUGAGGAGGGCAGCAAUUGGCAGGAUGAAGCAGGGUCUCCUCUCCUCGCCGCCGUAUUUCCAAGUUCUUUUCCUAAGACUUCUCUAAAAGUUAUGAUUUACUCCUAAUGGCUAUGCCAGAUGAGUCAGAUACUUAGCCUAAUCUGUUAAAAUAGCCUCACAUGUUUAAUAGGACCCAGUUGUCUUCUGUGGAUGUGCAAUUAAAAAGCAUCAGAGAUGUUGAAACAAACUCAGAGCACAAUGAAAAGAGCAAGUGGUAAUCAUCUAACCUUUUGUUCAGUUAGUCAAAGUGGUUGAUUAUAUUUUUAUGUUUUUCUGGAAAAGUUCAAAAAAUUAUGUAGCACUUGAAGCAGAUAAAUCUAUCAUUAGUGGCUUUUCCAUAAGCCUAUGCCCACUGCAAUCCAGGAAGAUGUUUUCUAGCCCGGGGGGAUAUGGUAUUAGAAGACACUGUCUAUAGAUUUCAGAAAGAAAGCAACUGGCUUUACAGAUGUUGCUAGACGCAAACUCACUGCUGCCUUUAAUGGAGAAGCCAGGACAGAGGCCACCAUGCUAUGUGUCCUCUACUUAGUCAAUUUGCUAUGAAAAUGCAGCCACUGGCACUUAGGGACAUGUGACUUGGAUAGAGAUUGUUUUCUUUUUCAAACACACAUGGACUGAGGUAUAUGAUUUAUGUUAACUGACUUAAGUUCUAGGAGGAGAACUGGCAACUGAUAAUGAAAUGAAGUCCUAAGUUCUCCCAUAUCACUCAGGUUGAGGACCUUGUUUUAGACCUCUUUGAUGCAAAUGGACUGCCUGUCUUGAUGAGCAAGACAGGAAACAGAAAAUUAAAGGGUGACACAACACUCAUGGGAGUUUGCCACUGUGUAAGUAGAUGGGACAUGCCAGGGACAGCCCCUUGACAGAAAGACUAAUCAACUAACCAACAGGUGUAGUAAUAGAAGGAUUUUGCACGGUGGGUUCAAAAGCACCAUAAGGGAGUUCCCUUAAGAACAUUCAUACCUGUGUUGAAGUACUAAAUUAAAGACCCUCUUGUCUUGGCCUCUCUUCUCUCAAAUGCCGGGAUCACUAUGUGAUACUAUGCCCCACCCUACUUUAAAGGGAAACACUCUAUUGAUACCAUCUAAGCAGCCUCUUCUGCCUACAGCAAUGGGAUCCAAUCCAGCCGGUGUGCUGGGCAAGCAGCCUAUAGUGUGCUUUAUCUCCAGCCCUUUUUGUUGCUGCUGGUGGUGGUGGUUCAGUUCUAUUUUGUUUUGACAGGAUCUCACUGUGUAGUUCUGACUGUUCUGAACUAUGUAGACGGGCUGGCUUCAAACUCCCAGAGAUCACCUGUUUCUGCCUCCCAAAAGUUGAGGUUAAAAGUGUGCACCACCAUCACACAGCCCAAGUCCUUAGGUUUUGGAGGCAGAGUCUUACUGUGUAGCCCAGCUGGCUUGAGAUUAUUAUAUAGUCCAAACUGGCCUCACAUUCGCGGUCCUCUUGGUUUAGUCUCCUGAGUGCUUAAAUUACAAGUGUGUACCACUAAACCAACCCCGAGAACCCAUUUUAAAAUGUCAGUCACUUUAGAUUCCUUAGUGGGACAAAGACCUGCCCUUACAUAUUGUGGCCUGAAGGGACAAAAUAUGAGAAGUUCAAUAAAAAGACAAUUCUACCUUCCAGGAAGAGGUCCUCUUACUUUACUUGGUGCUGAAUCAAAGAAUCAAGCCCUUGUCAAGCCUUUGAAAUUUCCGCCUACUUUAUUUCAGGCAGCAAAUGGUUCUUAUAUAGUUGGGAGUGGGAAGGAAUCUCUGAUUUUUAAAUUUCACUGCUGAUCUUUUAUAAUGGACUAGGCCUUAGGAUUACAAUGAACACCUUGUCCUUUGUCAACGUGUCUCCACUGCCUUGUCGGGUUGUUGAUAACCACUUUUUAAACCUGUUGUGAAUUAGCUAAGCCUAGGACUGAUCAGCAGGUGCUGUCAGCUCUGUGGCUACUGCCCUUUGCCCUGGCCCUUCUAAGGCCCCCAAGCCCCUUCUUGUCUGCUGCCACAAUGUCUCACUGACUUCUUUUUAAUAAAUGGUCUUCAAACAGUA